AUGGCCGACGAGCUUGACUCGCUGGUCAAGGGCGCCCCGCCGCCGGGCAAAGAGCCCAAGGCCGCCGUCGGCACCACCGGCGUCGUUCCCGACUCUGGCAAGCAAGGCGACCCGUUGAUCCAUACCCCGAGCUCUCCGUCCAUGAUCUACCUGAACCUCCUCAUCCUCGAGGCCUCUCUACGCGCACAGUACCUCGAGCUUCGCGCCCGCCGCCGCCAUCACACGUUCUUCUUCACCUUGCUGACCGCAUGGAUCAGCGGCUUUGGUUACGCUCUCUUCUUCGCCCCGCGUGAGGAUGGACGUGGAGUUGGUGGCUCUGUGUACUGGGGCGUCGAAACGUUCGAGAAGAUUUGCUUCAUGGGAGGUGUCAUGACCGCGAUACUGGUAUGGGCUACAGGAAUAUGGGAGCGAGGCAUCAGGUGGCCACGCCGUUGGUUCGCCAUCUCCAACAGAGGCCUUCGAGGUUUCAAUUCUAAGCUGGUUAUUAUCCGACGACCUUGGUGGGCCGAGUUUCUCUCCACCAUUGGCUUCUUCCUGACCUACGGACUCUUCUCCCACACCGCCAGCUCGUCCUACCGCUACGUCGAACCAUCCAUCCUGCGCGAAGUCGAAAAGGAGCUGAGCCUCACCACGGACAGCCACCCAACGCUACCGGUCCUGCUCGAAGACGAAGAAAAAGGAGGUCACGAGGAGGAUCUCGCCCCGGGCGGAGAUUACGUCAAGCUCCUCCUGCUCGCGAAGCCGUUCACGCCUACAUUUAGAGAAAACUGGGAAAUCUACCGCACAGAAUACUGGGAGAAGGAGAACGAGCGCCGCGCCCUCAUCCAGAAGAAGCUCGCAGCACGCGACCGCCAGGUGGCCAAGCAGCGGUGGGGCAUGUUCUGGUGGCUGCCGUGGCACCGCAUCGACAAGGCCGGCCCGCCGCCCGCGCGCCAGCAGUCGCCCGAGAAGACGACGAUGCACCCCCGCGCCGCCGCCAUCGAGCGCGAGCAUAGACGCCGCGGCAGCACUACCAGCGCCCACCGCCGCAGCUCGACGAGCUCGAGCCGCAGCCUUGCGCCGUCCGUGGCCGCGACGAGCGACGACGGGGAUGGUACUGUCAGUAGGAAGGCUAGCACCGGGUCCAAUGCGUCGGAGAAGCGGAGGAAGAAGACGUUGACCAAGGCGAAGCGUCCCAAUAUUGAGUCGAGGUCUGUCACGCCUGAUAUUUCGUCGCCGUUGGCGAGGGAGGGAAGUAUCAGUCGCGGGGAUAGCGGUUCCGGUGCCGAGUCUGUGGCGGAGAGGUCGUUGAGGCACUCUUCGUCCAAGGCUAGUAUCAGCUCGUCCAUCAAUUCGGUUCGGGAGAAGCAGCGGAAGGCUAGCGAGUCGUGA